AUGAACGGAUACUCAAAUGGUGUGACCGAUAGCCAGCCAAAGUACAAAAGGGUAAUCGUCGACUCUCCCUAUGUUCGUUGCGAUGGCAAUGAAAUGGAGACAAGGUUCCUCUACCGUAAGAACCACUUCUCUCAUACUGCCGAUGGACUAAAAGUGACACCAAAGGAGCAUGAAUACGUCUUCAAAACCCAACUGAAGCCGAAACGAACUGGUGUUCUACUUGUCGGUAUAGGAGGUAACAACGGAUCUACUUCUGUAGGAGCAAUUAUCGCCAACAAGAAACAUAUGACAUGGAGAACCAAAGAAGGCAUUCAGACUGCUAAUUAUUUCGGAUCGGUUACCCAGUCAUCGACCGUUCAUCUUGGAUGGGAUGGACAGCAACAGAUUCACGUUCCAUUCAAGGAAAUCAUACCGAUUCUCUCGCCGAAUGAUCUCAUCAUCGAUGGUUGGGAUAUCAACAAUCAAAACCUCUACCAGGCAAUGAUUCGAGCCAAGCUUCGACCAUACAUGGAGCCGAUUGUGCCAAUGCCAUCGAUCUACUACCCGGACUUCAUAGCGGCUAAUCAAGAAUGUGUGAUUGUGCUGUGGACAGCGAACACGGAACGUUACACCGAUGUUGUGGACGGGUUGAACAUGACGGUGUUGAGCAGAUACGCCAUCGCGUCUGUGGAUGGCCAGCGCGGACGAGAUCUCGCCUUCGAACAUUUUCGCGAUAGCCUCAAUCUUGGAAGGCGCUCAUUACAUCAACGGAUCGCCCCAAAAUACACUCGUGCCAGGUAUCAUCGAACUCGCUCACAAGGAGAUGAUUUCAAAUCGGGACAGACCAAGAUCAAAUCGGCAUUGGUAGACUUCUUGGUCAGCAGUGGACUGAAGCCAGAAUCGAUCGUCUCGUACAAUCAUCUCGGAAACAACGACGGAAAGAAUCUCAGCGAGGCCAGACAGUUCAGAUCCAAGGAGAUUUCAAAAUCUUCUGUUGUUGACGACAUGGUAGAAGCAAACAAAAUUCUCUAUCCAACUGGCCAAAAACCAGAUCAUUGCAUCGUUAUCAAAUAUGUGCCGUUUGUUGGAGACUCUAAAAGAGCUAUGGACGAGUAUAUCUGCAGCAUUUUCAUGGGUGGCCGGCAGACGUUCGUCAUUCACAACACGUGUGAAGACUCACUACUUGCAACUCCUCUUAUCUAUGACCUGGCAAUAUUGACAGAGUUAGCCACGCGAAUCCGAUACGCAGACGCCAGCAAAGGCGAAUUUGGUCAAUUCCAUGAGGUGCUGUCUAUCCUCUCCCUACUCCUCAAGGCACCUGUUGUUCCUCCUGGCACACCAGUGGGCAACGCCUUCAUGCGACAAUUCGCUUCUCUCACAAAGCUGAUCACAACUCUCGCAGGAAUCGCCAGCGACACCGACAUGCAAAUUGAAUUCUUUCACACAAUUACCAAAAGCUAA